AGAGAAAGUAACUGCGUCAAAAUAGACGGCGCCGCUCCAUUUUCUCUUUUAUCUUUCUCUUCUUUCCCUCUUCUCUCUCUCUCUCUCUAGAAAUUCCUUUACAACAACUGAAGUAAAGAACCCCCCCCCCCCCUCUCUCUCUCUCCCCUUGUUUUCGUCUAAGGAAGAGAGUGGUGCUCACUGGUGAAUGGGUGUUUUUGGCGGUUGUGUUAGAAGCUAAAUACUAUUUUCAAUUUCAGAAUGGGCGCUGCGUGUUGUGUUUCAGCCAGAGAUAAAACUAUUCAAAGUGGACCAACCAGUGAAGUCUGGCAUAGGAAUGCUCGGUGUUCCCCAACAUGGAGCUUGCGAUGGGAUCAUAGAAGCCGUGUAGCUGGAGAAGAUACUUCUAUAAAUUGGUUUUCUGACGGUGUUAGCAGCAAUGACAGAUUGGAGAAUAAAAAUGAAUCACAUGUAUCCGAGGAUGGAAGCCCGUUGCAGAGUUAUCAAAGGAAUAGAUGGCAAAAGUCCCCAAUCUCUGAAGGAACUGCUCAACAUACAAAAUCAUUUUCUGAUCAAUCUAUUUCAAGGAAUGUUUCCAUAGAUGGGAGAAUGGAACAGGUGAAUGAAUUGGAAGAAUCAGCGGCAGCAUCAAUAUCUUGUCCAUUUCCUACAAAAACUUCACCUACAUUGUCUUCUACUUCGUUGUCAAUAUCUCCUCUGCCAUCCCAAAGCCGCCUACCUCCAUCCAGCUCAACACCAUCAAAGUGGCCCUCCCAUUCUAGAGGAUUCCAGUUAUCACGGCAAGUUUCUGAUAGCCGGAUCAUGGGAUUUAAGUCACCUAGCAGCUUUUAUGCAUCUGAAGAAAGGCCGGUGUUUCCUUCACGGAGCAAUGAAUAUGGUAUGCACUCUGGCGGGGGAUCUUCAGAUUAUUGUUCUAGGCCUGGCUUUACUGAGCUGAUGGGCAAUCCUCACAUGGAAAGAUGGUCAGUUGAUAGCGAGUCAUUUGGUUUUAAUUGUGAUAGGUUGGCUAGAUUCAGUAGCCGGUUUUCAACUUCUCCAGUUGAUUUGCAAACAUGUGGUGUUUGCUCAAAUCAUUUAACUGAAAAGUCUUCUUGGAGCACUCAAAAGAUUAUUGCAAACAAUGACCUGUCUGUAGUUUCUGUUCUUAUUUGUGGACACGUCUAUCAUGCCGAAUGUUUAGAGAGUAUAACACCUGAAAUCAACAAGUAUGAUCCAGCUUGCCCAGUUUGCACUUUUGGUGAGAAACAAACUCGUAAAUUGUUUGAAAAAGCUAUGAAAGCUGAAAUGGAUUCAAAAGCUAGAAAUAAGAAAUCAAGGAACCAAAUUUUGGAUAAUGAGAUUGACGAUGAUGAUGAUGAUUCUGUUGUAUUUGAUCAGUUUAAAGAUAAAAGGCGUCAAAAUAAAGGUCCUAGAAUGGACUCUAGUUCUAGCAAAAGAAGCUCUUCUGGGAAACCUUUUCUGAGUAGACAUUUCUCAUUUGGCUCAAAGGGUUCCAAAAGCAUGUUAGAUAAUCACCCAACCCGAAAGAAGGGCUUUUUUUGGGCGAAGUCUAGCAAGGAAUAAACUGCUUCUUGGUUGUUGAUUCCGUUGUUGUUCAUCUCAGCAACCUCAGAUAUAAGGACUGAUGAAAGGGCAAGAUGUCAUUCAUAAAGUUUUCAUUUUUGAGCAUCUGCGUACACCAAUGCGUGAUUUCAAAAGGAUUAGAGACUGAAGUUACUCUGUAAAGAAGAAAAGUGUAAAACAUACAGAAGGAUAAGAUAAAUAUACGAAGACAGAGAUAGUGUUUAGAGACCAAGGUUCUUUAUAUGUUUUGUACAGAUCAAUUUGUUUAUUGCAUGGAUAUAAUUCAUGUAUCCAAAUGAUGUUCUGUUAUCCAUUGUUCUACUAAUGUAAUUCAGCAUACAUGCCAAUUAGGUUGUAUCUGGUGUUGGGCAACACCAAUUAGUUUGGUUAAGUUAGUUGCAUAACAUUUUCAGAAAAACCUUGUAUCUGAUCAAUGAUUUAUUGGUGAGAAUGAUUUGUGAUUUUGGUAGCAGAUUGUAUUAUCUGCAUUAUUUAAUACACCAUUUGUUGCUUGCUGACUGUUUGUUGAAU